GGUGAACAAGCUCAAUUCUCACCACUGCCCUUAGCAGAUGCCCUUGCUGUUGGCUUUCUCGGGAGCAUCUUGGUCUCUUCAGCUGCAGGGUCCCUCACCAGCUAUGUGGUAACCAGAGCUGAGACACAGAAAUGCUCUGACUUCUGGAUUUACCUGGAGACAGGCAAGUCCCCACAAGAGCUCACCAUGGCUGGUGGGACAUCUCAGUUUGCUGAAGAUCUGCCUAAUCCAGAAGACAGAGGGAGCACGGCACCCCCAGUGAGGAGGAACAAGUAUGGGGACAUUGUGGAGUAG